AACAGAUUCUUCUCAGUCAAUCCUCUCUAGUCUUUGAGAUAGAAGCUCAAGUUAAAGAUGGCAUUCGCCGGAAUUCUGAGUGACUCUGACAUCACUGCAGCCCUUGCUGCUUGCCAAGCUGCCGACUCCUUCAAGCACAAGGAGUUCUUCGCCAAGGUCGGCCUGGCCGGCAAGUCUGCCGACGUCGUCAAGAAGGCUUUCGCUGUCAUCGACCAGGACAAGAGCGGCUUCAUCGAGGAGGACGAGCUCAAGCUCUUCCUUCAGAACUUCUCUGCUAGUGCCAGAGCUCUGACCGACAAAGAGACCAAGGCCUUCCUGGCGGCAGGUGACACCGAUGGCGACGGCAAGAUCGGAGUUGAUGAGUUUUCUGCUUUGGUCCAGCACUAAAGCAACACGCUGACCAUCAUCUUACUUGACUAGGAACAACUAAGGAACAACUUGAGCCCGGAUACUCCUCUCUUCUUCCUUCUCACUCUCUCUCAACCCCAAACUUCACCUCCAUUUUUUUUUCAUUUGACCUUUGAGCUCUGAAACCAAAUCAGGCCUGUUGGUUGCGCUGCCCAAGUUUGUGGUGUAAUUAUAUGUCUUCCUUCCUCUAUUUCUCUCUCUCUCAAAUGCUUCUGACGUCGUCAUUGUACUGUGACUUUUGCUUACUGUGAGAUCAGCGAUGGUGCACUUUUACAGCAAACUAACGGACGAUGA